ACCCGGGCAGGCGCUUUCUCGCGCACGGGGGUGGGGCUUUUCCAGGCUGCUAACUAAGAUGGUGUCGGCUGGACUUCCCGGGACAGCUGCCUAAGGGGAUCGAGGGCCAGCAGCCGGAGGGACCACCCGGCCCACUGUCCGGCCCAGACAGCACCGACCGUGCGGAGCCUGCGGGUUCCAGACUCGAAGGACCGAAGCACAGCCAAGUACGCCGUAGGACCUAACAAAUGUUUAAGAGAACGCCGAAAGCGCGGGGAGGCGGGCCCGACUCGCUGUCACCGUCUCGCGACAGCUAAGUGACGUCGCACGGCAAGCGCGUGUUCUAGUCUUUCACCUUCAGACGCCUCGGUUUGUGGGCCUACUCCUUUAAGUAAGUGAUGGACAGCGCUGUUACCCUAUCAGCUUCCUCGCCAACGUCCAAUCAGAUUUAAACUUCCUCCGGCCGCCGGAGAAGUUGGAAGACUGGGGUCGAAAGGGAGCGAGCGGGCGAGCGAGCUCUUUGUGUCUCGCGAGAUCGGGAGAGCCAAGUUUUCAGAAAAAAACGCCAGAACCGAAGUCCGUACUUCCCAAGGAGUGGUUUAAAGGACGUGGCCACGGACCAAUGAGAGGAAAGAGGAGGUGGGACCACUGCUUUCGCCGUGCUAGAAGUACCGUUACAGGGCAGACUUUUUGUCCAAUCAACGACUCGAGGCUUCGGGUCAGGUGACCGUGAAGUGCGAGGGGCGGAGCUACGGCUGGCGCGAGGAACCGUUAAGAUAGACAACGAAUAUAACCAAUGAGGUACGCGGAUUAGGGCGUUGGGAACCCAAUAACAGCGUCGAGGCGGGCGCCUUCCCGGAGCGCGGGGAGAUGUAAAGACGGACAAAUAGUUUUUCCAAUGAGAAGGCUGAAGAGUGAAUUAAUUGACCAAUGAGGUCUGCGGGGCGGGAGCCUUUGCCGCGGCGGAGUCCAAGAUGGCGGCGUGCGAGUCCGCUGUGUGAAACGAGCGCGGGGUGGCGGGUUAGUCAGCUCCGCAGAGACGACCUCCGGCGACCCUCAACAAUGAAAGGAAAGGAGCGCUCGCCGGUGAAGCCCAAACGCUCCCGCGGCGGUGAGGACUCCAGUUCUCGUGGGGAGCGGAGCAAGAAGUUAGGGGGCUCUGGCGGCAGCAAUGGGAGCAGCAGCGGGAAGACGGACAGCGGCGGGUCGCGGCGGAGCCUUCACCUGGAUAAGUCCAGCAGCCGAGGUGGCAGCCGCGAGUAUGACACCGGUGGGGGCAGCUCCAGCAGCCGCCUGCAUAGUUACAGCUCCCCGAGCACCAAAAAUUCCUCAGGCGGGGGCGAGUCGCGCAGCAGCUCCCGGGGUGGAGGCGGGGAGUCACGUUCCUCUGGGGCCGCCUCCUCAGCGCCUGGCGGCGGGGACGGAGUGGAGUACAAGACCCUGAAGAUAAGCGAGUUGGGGUCCCAGCUGAGCGACGAGGCGGUGGAGGACGGCCUGUUUCACGAGUUCAAACGCUUCGGUGAUGUAAGUGUCAAGAUCAGUCACCUCUCGGGUUCUGGCAGCGGGGAUGAGCGGGUAGCCUUUGUGAACUUCCGGAGGCCAGAGGACGCGAGGGCGGCCAAGCAUGCCAGAGGCCGCCUGGUGCUCUAUGACCGGCCUCUGAAGAUAGAAGCCGUGUACGUGAGCCGGCGCCGCAGCCGCUCCCCGUUAGACAAAGAUACUUACCCUCCGUCGUCCAGCGUGGUCGGAACCUCUGUCGGUAGCCACAGGCACGCCCCUGGAGGAGGUGGAGGUCAGAGAUCACUUUCCCCUGGCGGUGCUGCUUUGGGAUACAGAGACUACCGGUUGCAGCAGUUGGCUCUUGGCCGCCUGCCGCCUCCACCCCCACCACCAUUGCCCCGAGAGCUGGAAAGAGAACGAGACUACCCGUUCUAUGACCGAGUGCGCCCAGCUUAUAGUCUUGAGCCAAGGGUGGGAGCUGGAGCAGGUGCUGCUCCUUUCCGAGAAGUGGAUGAGAUCUCGCCCGAGGAUGAUCAGCGUGCUAACCGGACACUUUUCUUGGGCAACUUAGACAUCACUGUGACAGAAAAUGAUCUAAGAAGGGCUUUUGAUCGUUUCGGAGUCAUCACAGAAGUGGACAUUAAGAGGCCUUCUCGUGGACAGACCAGUACCUAUGGUUUUCUCAAAUUUGAGAACCUAGACAUGUCUCACAGGGCCAAACUAGCAAUGUCUGGCAAAAUUAUAAUUCGGAAUCCAAUCAAGAUUGGUUAUGGUAAAGCCACACCCACCACCCGACUUUGGGUGGGUGGCCUGGGACCUUGGGUGCCUCUUGCUGCCCUGGCACGAGAAUUUGAUCGAUUUGGCACCAUACGAACCAUUGACUACCGAAAAGGUGAUAGUUGGGCAUAUAUACAGUAUGAAAGCUUGGAUGCAGCUCAUGCUGCCUGGACCCAUAUGCGUGGAUUCCCACUCGGUGGCCCAGAUCGUCGCCUUAGAGUAGACUUUGCAGACACAGAGCAUCGUUACCAGCAGCAGUAUCUUCAGCCUCUGCCCUUGACUCAUUAUGAACUAGUGACAGAUACUUUUGGGCAUCGAGCGCCUGACCCUUUGAGGAGUGCUCGGGAUAGGACGCCACCCUUACUAUACAGAGAUCGUGAUCGGGACCUUUAUACUGAUUCUGAUUGGGUGCCACCCCCACCACCAGUUCGAGAACGCAGUGCUCGUGCUGCAGCUAGUGCUGUGACUGCUUAUGAGCCACUGGAUAGCUUGGAUCGAAGGAGGGAUGGCUGGUCAUUGGACAGGGACAGAGGUGAUCGGGAUUUGCCUAGCAGCAGGGACCAGCCAAGGAAGAGAAGGCUGCCUGAAGAAAGUGGAGGACGGCAUCUGGAUAGAUCACCUGAGAGUGACCGGCCACGAAAACGUCAUUGCACUCCUUCUCCUGACCGAAGUCCAGAACUGAGCAGUAACAGAGAUCGCUACAACAGUGACAACGAUCGAUCUUCUCGUCUUCUUUUGGAAAGGCCCUCUCCAAUCAGAGAUAGACGGGGCAGUUUGGAGAAGAGCCAGAGUGACAAGCGAGACCGUAAAAACUCUGCAUCAGCUGAACGGGAUAGGAAGCACCGGACAGCUGCUCCCACAGAGGGAAAAAACCCUCUGAAAAAGGAAGAACGUUCUGAUGGCAAUGCACCCAGUGCCAGCGCGUCAUCAUCAAAGCAGAAAGCUCCUUCCCAGAAACAGGAUGGAGGGACAGCUCCUGUGGCAGCAUCCUCUCCCAAACUCUGUUUGGCUUGGCAGGGCAUGCUUCUACUGAAGAACAGCAACUUCCCUUCCAACAUGCAUCUAUUGCAGGGUGACCUCCAAGUUGCUAGCAGUCUACUUGUGGAGGGUUCAACUGGAGGCAAAGUAGCCCAGCUCAAGAUCACUCAGCGUCUCCGUUUGGACCAGCCCAAGUUGGAUGAAGUAACUCGUCGCAUCAAAGUGGCAGGGCCCAAUGGUUAUGCCAUACUUCUGGCUGUACCUGGAAGUUCUGACAGCCGAUCCUCCUCUUCGUCAGCUACAUCAGACACUGCCACCUCUACACAGAGGCCACUUAGGAACCUUGUGUCCUAUUUAAAGCAAAAGCAGGCAGCUGGGGUGAUCAGCCUCCCUGUGGGGGGCAACAAAGACAAGGAGAACACAGGGGUUCUUCAUGCCUUCCCACCUUGUGAGUUCUCUCAGCAGUUCCUGGAUUCCCCUGCCAAGGCACUGGCCAAAUCUGAAGAAGAUUACCUGGUCAUGAUCAUUGUUCGUGCAAAACUGGUGAACAGCGGAUGAAGAUACGGAAUUCAAAGCUCUAAUGGACCUUUUUGAAGAGAAGUUGUGGCUUAUGUGGAGUUUACAUGGGCCUCUGAUGGAAGAAAGCUAAUCUGUUUAGUAUUUUGUGCAUUUUACUAAAAUGGCAGCUUAACAUUGUGUAUCUGCUAUUGUGAUGCCAAUGCCGGUGUUUUAAGUGGAAAAAUGACCUCUUUGCUUUGUGCUGUGUACACAAGAUUUCUGGAAAAGUAAAGAAAAACCCUUUUUAUGGCUCACACAGCUUAAAAGUAGCUGUCACUCAAACAUGGGCUCACAGUUGAGCUGCUUUUGUUUUAUUCUAAAUAAAUUGUUUCUUUUGAGGAAAAUGUUUUUCUGCCUGGAAGUGAAUUGACGGCAAACCUUGACCCCUUUGUUUGCAGCGGAGGGGGUACUUGCUGCUGCUCAGAUCUUGUAUGUCUUGAGCAAGAAGCAGGGAGACCAUCAAUUUCGUUUUGACUAUCACGGUGUGUCAAUUCUGAAGGAUCAUAGUGUUACAGUGACCCCUUUUGUUUGCAGUGAAGGGGAUCCUUUGCUUCUCGGUCCUCAACAUGAUGAGGGUGCUGUUUGCUGGCGCGCAAGAAGCCGGGGCAAGCACUCUAAGCCUCACCACAGUGCUCGAGUCGGGGGCUUUGCUGGUUUGAAGAGCCGGAGUUCCUGAAAUUUAAGUUUUGAUUUAUUUUGUUCACCCAUCACGUUUGGCUUUAGUUUCAUUUUUUAAUUUGAAGAAAAGUUUGAAAUUGCAUUAUCUUGCACUUUUAACAUUUGCACCAAAUUGCCAAAAGAAGGAGAAAUGCUCCGGUUGCUUUUUAAAUGUUAAUGAUGAUGUUAAUAAAGCCUUUCCUGACACAUUUGAGGAGCUCCUCCAUCUCCAGGGGCUUCUUACCAGAGUUAUGCAGUGAUGAUGGGUUUAGUUCUGAAUGGAUGAAGAGUUCCUGAGAGCUAGCGUUUGUAAUUAGAACCGUUACUUGGUAUCUGUGCCUUAUUUGACCUGUGGUUCCACAUGCCUUGGAUGUGCAUGCAUCGUGACGGUUUCAUAGGUACGAACGCACACUCAGGCCCAGUCACUUCGGUUGGUAGUACAGAUUGUGAGGAAAAAAUGGAGGCAUCCUUAAGGAGGAGAAAGUGUUUGCCUUUAGUUCCUGCAUUAUCCUGUACAGGGGCUCUUGAGCUUUGGAAGCCUGCUCCCAGUACAGGAGAAAAACUCCCCUGUUUGCAGCAGAAUACUUCAGUGCACAGUGACAACGCUGGAGUUCAAGAGGAAGCCAGCAAUUCUGCACCUUUGGCUUCAGACACCAUGGUUGUUUGCCAGUUUUAAACUUAACUAGUUACAGACGAAGACCACCUUGGCAUGCAGGCUUGUUUGGGCUUGUUUUGAAUUUUAACCUCGGAUGGAAGAGCCCUAGUGCUGUCUUGUCUCCAUGCGGGAUGGUGAUUGCUAGGCAACAGGUGAUUAUCAACCAAGGAUGCCACGGUUAUACUCUGCAAGGUGGUGUUCCAGUGGUAAACAGCUGUAUAAACUUGUAAACAGGAACUACUGAAAAAACCUAUAGCUGACUUUUGGAUAUGACUUUAUUACUCAACAACUAAAAGAUGAGUUCUAAUUGCCAGACUUCUGAAACUGGCAUUGUCCUCCUGUUUUUAUAGAAACUGGGUUGGAAGUCAGCUGCACAGAGGGAAAGGAGCUGCCAUCUUGGUGCUAAGGUGGAAUUCUGGAGGCUGUCUACCAGCAAAAACUAGCAGGUUUGGGUGUGAUAUGACAUUUAACUUACACUUAGUUUGCUAACCACCCUCAGCCAGGGAAGAGGGUGAUUUGGGCCAUAUUCUUAAAUAAAAUUGGAUUUGUUACUAGUUACUAGAAAAAGAUAGAGCUGGAGCAGGCAAAGGUAGUGUUCUUUGGAGGAGUAUAUGUAGGGAGGAGGGUAGGUUUUUAGCUUUUUGUGCUUUAAAUUUUUGUCCUAUGUUAAGGAAUUGUGUUAGUUAUAGUUCUCGUCAUUCAUAAUGAUAAAGGAAUAUAAAUGAUUUUGUUUCCCAUGUGCCUUUUUAAUAGAUUUUUUAAUUGUGUAUGUUUUUAAAGUUAUAUGGUUUCCAUAGGUUUCCUGUAUUUUUCUCUUUCCUAGAAUUAUUAAAGUGUUGUAUCGAACUAACUUUUUUUUUUCUUUUUCAUUCCCAUACAGGAAGGAGAAGUAUAUUGUUUAUGUAUUCUCGGUUAUCAUUUUAAACAAACAUUUUGACUGAGGAUUUACUGUUUGCCAGAUUCCUACUUAAACAUGCCUAUACUCUUUUAUAGGAAUUUCAGCUUUUCAUUUGGUAAUAGAUAUGGGUAAGUAAAACUGAGAAUCUCUUAAGCUCUGAAGAUUACCAGUAAACAUCUAGAGUUAAAGGUGAACACAAUCUGUGUAUUUUCCUAUAAUCAAGUAUUGUUUUUAUUUUGGUUUUCAAGUACUAGUAAUUGAACCUAGGGCUUCACACAUGUUAGGCAAGUGGUCUACCUCUGAGCUACAUCUCCGUUACAAAGAAUUGAGUUAAUCUGAAAACCAGCAUUGGUAGUAUUUUUUGGUAUUUGUUGCUGAAGUCAGAACUUGGGAAGAGAUCUAAUGGUCUUUAUGAAGUCCUGUUUAUCAUUUCAUAGAGGAAUGACUUAGAGAAACAAGGGUUGCCCUGAAAUCUGUCCCUUUAAAGUCAAAUGAGAUGUCCUUAGUGUCUGAUCAUAAUCUUACUUGGGAUACGAUGAGCAACUCCGAGAUGAAAAAUCUAUGUGAGCUUUUAGCAGUAGCCUGAUUACUGCCCUUGACUUGUUAGAACAUUUAUGACUGCCCAGUUCUUAGGAUUAGUGGAUACAAGUACUGUCAGGAGCUCUUUCUUUAUCCUUAUAUAUAAUUCUAAGUAUUCUAAACUUUGGGUAAGAAAGGGCUAGAAACAUUUUUUCUGAUUGAAAAUAAACAUAUUUUAUAGUUUCACAAUAAAGCGAUUCUAUUUUCUAA